GUUGUGAUAAAGCGUAUGCUAUAUUAUAGCAAUUUCUCUUAUCUUUGUCCGACUAAGACUUACAGACGAUACACCAUAACAAUUAAUGUCUUGAUAACAAAGUACAUAGUUUUAUUCGUUCAUAUUACCCGCAUACACGUGGAGACAUUUUAGUGGAUGUGAAUAGUCGGUGUAACAACAUGUGAAACAGUUUUGUAUAAUUCGUCAUAAAGUAUCUCGUGGAUCCGGGAGUCAGUGUCUGCCCGCCACGCAUGGCCGGUCACAUGUCCAACCAGCAACCGCCUUUGACCAGAACCAUCAUAAGGAAUCCGCGCAUGCGCAGCCCCACAAAGUCCACACGCAUGAAACGCGCAGUAGAUCAUCAACGAAUAAAACACCAACAACUGCGACUGGCUUCAUCGCGCAGGCAGUUCAAGAGAGACUUGCAAGAAUGGCAGACAAUAACACCAGCAACGACGUCGACAUCGCUAGAUUGCCGUCAUCGGAGAGCGAAAGUGGCGAAGGCGACAAAAUAGAGGGGAAGGGGGGUAUAUUAGGAGCGGAAAGCCCCUGCGAUGGGGAAGGGGUAAAUGGGGACGUGCCCUGUCAUCGUGACGAGGGCGACCAGGAGCCGCUGGUUGACUCCAAGAGCCCUAGGAAGGCCACGCCCAUUAGGGGGGGAAAUACUGGGAAAACUUUAGGUGUAGAAUCUGGCCAAAGUACUACCUACCACACUUUCUGUCUAGGUCCGGGUACUUCACCAAAGAAAUCGCCAAGAAAAAAUAAUUUGGAACUGUUAUUGAACGAGAAAAAUUCUAAAAAGAAAUUGAGGAUUGGUGAUCUUUAUUCUAAUCCGAUAGAUUGUACCGAAUCAGAGGCACUUCUUAAAAAGAAUUUGCUGAUCGGUAAUAAGCAAUCUGAUGAGGAAAAGCCGGUUCUUCGUGUACAGUUCAACAAUGACAAUAGUAACUCUUCCAUACUAAAGCCGUCACCUUCGACGCCGACCAGUCUAUCGUCUUCAUCGUCGGGUUCAUCGUCUAGCUCUAGUUCUAGCUCAUUGGAAAUAUCAGAGGCGAGACCACCUGACGGAGGAUGGGGUUGGGUUGUCGUAUUCGCUUCGUUCAUAGUCAAUCUAAUCGCUGACGGCAUCACGUUUAGUUUCGGCGUUAUUUUUGUUGAGUUCCUGCACUACUUUGGAGAAACUAGAGGCACAACAGCAUGGAUCGGUGGAGUAUUCAUGGCGAUGCCAUUGCUGUCAGGUCCAGUCGCUUCAUUCUUAACCGACCGAUAUGGUUGUCGAAGAGUCACUAUUUUUGGGGCGCUCCUCGCAUCUAUUGGAUUUAUAAUUAGCUCCAUGGCCAAUUCGAUGAUAGUCCUUUGCAUAACGUUUGGCAUAUUAGCAGGUUUCGGUUUAAGCUUAUGUUAUGUGGCAUCAGUGGUGAUAGUGGCGUACUACUUUGAUAAGAAGCGGUCGUUCGCCACUGGUCUAGCGGUGUGCGGCAGCGGUAUCGGUACCUUCAUUUUCGCUCCAUUGAUUCAACUGUUGCUUGACGAGUACGGUUGGAGGGGUACUACUCUCAUUCUUGCCGGGCUGUUUUUGAAUCUUGUUGUUUGCGGAGCUCUCAUGAGAGACCUGCCAUGGACUUCGAGGAAGCAGAAGAAUUUGGCAGAGGAAAGAAAGAGAAUUAGGCACUUGAAGCGGAAAAACAAAGGCGGCUCAUCAGCAGACUCGUUUUCAGUGAGCAACAGCACAAACACGGCUAGUGCGCUACAACCUAUCGUAGAAGUACCACAGGAGGACUAUCAAGAAGUUUUGAAUGGCCGCCAUUGCAGUUCGCUAGUCAACCUGCCCACUUACGUUCGCAACGGCGAGAAAGUGCCUCUCGAAGUUCUGGAACUCUUAUCCACGCAUAAAAACGUAUACAAUGUACUGUUGGCAAAUUAUCCUAACCUCUUGACGCCGUCCAGGAGUUUCAGUGAUUCAGGUAGAUUACACGAGAACAUGAUGUCAAAGCAUGCCGCUACACAGUCACAGUUAUCACCACCCCCAAAUGGUCAUGGGGAAGAUUUAGCUUAUUUAUGGUGGUUGAAGAGGAACAAAAUCAAUCAUCCCGUUGCUAGUCAUCAAAAGAAACUGCCAACUGCAUAUUUGAAAGACUUGAGAAUCCACAGGUUAUCUGUAACAUACAGAGGUGCCAUGCUGAACAUACAUCGCUAUAGACUGAGAGCCAGCUCUUGUCCGGACAUCUACAGGAACUCUAUGACGACGAUAGCCAAAGAAAAGGUCCAGUGGUACGCGGGUCUGUGGGAUUUCUGGGACUUACUGGUUGACAUGUUCGAUUUCUCGCACUUUGCCGACCCCAAAUUCCUAGUGUUCGCCAUCUCCAACUUCCUGCUGUACACCUGGUACGAUGUGCCAUACGUUUACCUGACAGACUACGCCAUUACGAAUGGCGUAUCAGAGAAGGACGCUUCCAUCUUGAUAUCGAUUAUUGGAAUUGUGAAUAUGGUUGGAGAGGUGAUACUGGGUUGGCUGGGCGAUAGGCAGUGGGCCAAUGCCGGCAUAACAUACGCAAUUUGCAUGGGCCUGUGCGGAGGGGUGAUUGCCUUCAUACCCCUGGUAACCGAUUAUUGGUCCCUUCUAUUUCUCUCUGGGGCAUUUGGAUUCUUCAUCGCAGCCAACUAUUCACUCACCUGUAUUAUUCUCGUAGAACUGAUUACUUUAGAUAGAUUCACGAAUGCAUACGGCCUUCUGUUACUGGUUCAAGGCGUAGCGAACCUGUUAGGACCUCCUUUAGCAGGUUGGCUAUGUGACAUCACCGGCACAUUCGAUCUCUCUUUCUACUUAGCCGGUUUGAUCAUAGCCCUAUCUGGUCUGAUGCUAGUCAUCCUGCCAAUCACAAGGCGAUACAAGAAGUUCAAACGUCAGGGCUCUCUGGAUACUUCAAUCCGGGAGGAGGAACACGUCAGGGGCCGGUCAAAGGACGAUUCCUGCUUCGAUUAUGGCACUCGCAGGGAUAUAGAUGAUAAAGUGUAGGGUAGUAUGUAUAGUUUACAUAUCGACUGCAAUUACACGUCAAUAUAUUUCCACACAAGUGAACUUAACGAGUAGGUUCCCUUUUCGACGUAGACGCGUCUGAAAUGCAUCGAGGUUGUAGUGCGUUGAAGAAGUUACUCCAGAGCGAGAACUUUCCUGACAGAUAACUACCCAACGCCAAAGAAAAUCUUCGUAUGAACAUAAAAAAGAUAAUGUAGCAAAACGAAUAAAAUUAUUUUGUCAAUAUUAUGGAUGUAUAGAACACAAUAUAGUUUUACUACGGUACAGACCGAUUUUCUGCACCCGAAAAGGGUUUGUUGAGUAGUAAAGGUUUGAUGUUUACAUCACAUGAUUGUAAUCGGUAUUUUGGUAUUUGGAUAUUUUUGGUUAUUAUAGACUAAUGGGGAAAAAUAAUUGUUACCUUGCCAAUUUACUCAAUCAGUGAAUUUUUUUGUCACAAAAGUUCCAUAAUUCUAUGGAAUGCCGGAUUUUUCUAACGACUUUUGGUAAGUUAGUGCUUUACAAAUGUCUGAUAUUUGAGCUAAGUUCCUGGAAUGUAUUCUUAAUUUAUGUGUUGUGGCUGCCAAUGAUAUUUUUUUCAGUUUAAUUCAUUUCAGUAAUAUUUUUUAGCAGGUAUUACGAUUUAAAUGCAAUCCAGGUUUUGUCUCUGUCAUUAUAGAAUCUAAUCAUUAUUAUACGAGUACAAGUAAUUAUAUAUUUCGUUGAGUCAUACAAAAAGUUGGCUAUAUUUUUAUAUUCCUAUUCAGCCUGUGUUCUGUUAUUUAUUAUUUAAAUUCUUUUAAGUUUUAUAGAUUUUAUCUAUUUAGCCAUUUCAUAUUGCGUGCUAUGGCUAAAGCGCAACUAUUGUAGACGCUAAAAGCGAUUUUUCUCAACAUACUUGAUCAUGAUAUUUUCUUGCCUACUGCUUUAUUUUGUUAGACUUGUUGAAUACAUGAUUUGGAACAUACACCGAAGGUACAAAACAUACCAAACCGUUAACGUUUUAGGAAGAUAGAGGGGUUACUUAUAGCGAUUGGUCUUUAAACUGUUGCCAAAUUCUUAGAAAUAAUUCCCCAGAUGAAGGCUUACUUUUGUGUAUUUGUUUGAACUGCACUGCUUUUAUCCAGAUUUCUCGAUGACGCAACACUAUCACAAAAAAUCUGUAUAGCUUCGAAUCUUAGAAUAUGAACUGUACGUAGAAAUAGUUUAAAAAAAUCAUUCUACAUUUAAAUAUUUGUUCCGUUUUUAUUUCUGUUUGGUGUUUCAGUAGAUAGUAUUUUUACUAAAACGUGAAGUAACCACCUACUCUACUUGCGUUGUUUUAAACGUUGAAGUUUUAUAGAAUUUAUACUAAACUUUUGAUAGGGCGUAACCUAGAUCUCUCCUAGAUUAUUUUAAAAAAUUACUAGUGCCUAGAGAAAUUUUAAUAUUAACAUUAUUAAAUUUCGGGUAAGAUAUGUAGAACCAACUACAAACAUAAUGUUCUUGUUCAGUAGCAUAUGAAGUAAACUAACUUAUAUCAGCCAAACAAAAAGAGGUAAAGCACAAUUUGGAAAAAAUAGUUGCACUUCACUCCAACUUCCUGCUUUUACUGCUGGUAACUUUCACUUCUAUUUUCACACUAUAUUUGGUUGUUGCUUAUUUUAGAAAAAACAUCAAUUAUUAUCGAAAACUAUAUCAUUUUUAAUGGAUUUACUGUCAGCGAUUUUUUAGAACGUAGUGUGACUCAGUCAAUGACUACGAGUGAAAAUCGUAUCAGUAUAUCACUAUAAUAAUACUUGUAACAUAGUUGUAUAAUGCACAUUUAAAAAAAAUAGCAACUUUGCGUGCGUUUUUUGUAACUAAUUUUUUCGCCAUUGCACUCUGUUCCUCUCUCACGUAAGAAACGACGAACUUUACGAUUAUGCUGUAGCAUUUGGCUCCAUAUUAAUACCGCGUUGUCAAUAGAAUCAAAACUGACAGCUUUUUAGUGAAUUCUCAUCUGUUGCCAAUUGUCCAGUGUCGAGUAGGUAUUGAUCUAAAGUGCAUUCACCUAAUUAUAGUCUUACUAUUGGUUUCAAGAAUAUAUUGGUGCGAACAGUGAACUAUAUAUAGUGGUGUUGAGAUAGCUGUCUUGCGUAUUGUAGACUUAAAUGUAGUCUGGUAUUCAUUUCUCGUUCAUACAUCCAGCGUAUUUAGCUACUUUUUGUAUUAUAUGAACUGAAAAUAGGUUGAAUUGAGUUAGAGUACUGGUAGUUGGAACAUCUCCAAUAGGAAAAAGCUGACGUAGCUUGUUCUAAAGUUUCCCUUGCAUCACCGCGAAUAUCAGCCAUUUUUAAAUUAGUCUAAGAAAGUUAGCUGAAAAAGCGUCGAUCGGACCAAAUAAUUCCAGUAAGUUGGUAUAGCUAUUCCUUGAGAGAUCCAGAUGAGCAUACUAAAAGUCCUCGACUGCGUGGGGGAGGGUAUCUAUUUUCAGGUAUUUGCAUGUAUCUCGUGAACUGUUAAUAAUAUAUUUAUAACUCUUUCUACAUUAUCUGAAUUGAAUUUACAACAAAUUAUGUCAAAUACAUUUCUUCUAUUUUAGAUGGAUGUUGAAAUAUGAAAUCUCUCUUGAUGUGUCUUGACAGUGCGAGUGCUACAGGCAAAACAGCAUAGAUUUGAACAAUUGAUAUGGCCUUAGAAUCCGCUUGACAGCACAGUUAAAAAUCAAUUUUUUCAGUUGCUACAGGCGUGCUUUUUCUAUUUUUUAAAUGUACUAAUUUAUUUAUAUCAGCUAAAAUACUGUAGCUCCUUGAAGUAUUGAUCCUACAGUAAAAAUGUAUAUGGCAUAACUUGUUGUAAAUUUAAUAUAGACUAUUAAUGUAUAAGGAAUUCUAAAGAUGUUAUUGCAAUGGUUUACGAGAUGCAUGCGAAAUUAGGGAUCUUUCCCUCCUCCCCAUAGUUGGCUCACCUCGCAAAGUCGGCAACUUUCAGUGUGUUCAUCUGGACACCUCAUGGAAUAGUUUCAACAAUUUUCAAAACUUCACAAAUUAUUUUGUCUGAUUUCCUUAAUUUUAUCAGGCUAUAUUAAUAAGCCUACAAUUAGUAUCUGGCACUUGGUAUCAAAGUAUUACCACCUACCACAACUACGUCUUUAUGCUAAAAAAAUGAGUAGCGGUAAAGAAUAGAAAUCUAAAUAGGUAACGCUCUUGAACAACUUAACGUACUGUUAUUAAAUCUGAAAUCAGAAAAGUAUGUAAGCUAUGUAUGUAGCUGUUUUUGCUAUUUCAGUAACAACGUAUACACGUAAGAUAAAAAAGUUUGUUGUAAAUAUUUCCACGUAGGCUGUGUUAGCAUUAUUCAGAAUAUGUAGAAUAGACAUUCAGUAAAAACAGAACCGUUUAGAUUCACAUAGUACAGGAUAUGUUGUCUUGGGGGCACCAAAUUUAAGUCUUUAACGAAUAAAACCUUUAAAACGACACUAUGACAUUCAACAGACGUCUGUUUGAUAGUGGGAUAUUUAUUAUCCUAAUGCUUGUGAUGUCUCUAUCAAAAGAUGUGUACCAACAGACAUUAAAUUUAUUCGAUAUUUCAAUCCAUAACCUCAAGAUGGCAAGUCCUCUGUUCAUUACAAUCAUGCACCAUUUGUAACCGAUAUUAUUUUUUGAAUUUGUUGUCCGAGAAUUUUCUGGGUGGUGCUUAAAAUUCUGCAAAGUUUACGUGCCACUCAUAACGUUUUCCAGAAUUACAAGCGAAACUGUGAUUACAAGAUUGCAAUUUGCAAAAUAGGUAUUUUAGUUUCUAAUGUGUAAUACGAGUAUGUCGUUCUUCAGGGACAAGAAGAUGACCCUCUUCUACUUCCAAACCAUUGUUAAUAAAUAACUAGUGAUAGGCUUUGAGUACGUUUUAAGCUUCCAUGGACUUGAAAUAUUUGUACGUUCUUUUUUUACAGCAAUUCCAUCUUUCCAUCGUUUCUUAAAUACACUAAAUUGAGGAACGUAAUUCAAAAAUCGCAUUACGUCUAUUCAGCAAUUUUCGCAUGAGAGUUUUCCUUUCAAGUAUAUUCCAUAUAAACCCGAAAUCUGUAAAAGUACAUAACUAUUUUUAAUUAUCCUACUUAGACUAGAGAUAUAUUGGCAGUCUCAAAUGGAUUUAUCGUUAAAUGAAUUUAAGAUAUACGGUAAGUUAAUCACUAAUACCAUAUAACUCGAUAAUCAUAGGAAGUGGACACUAUAGGUUUUUUCACUGUUUUAAUCGGUUACGUCACAAUGCCAUACGAAAUAAGUAAAAUGAUUGACUAACUCUUCCAUAUACGUAUCUUUAUUUACCUUAGGGAAAUUGGACAGUGCGCAGGUCGAUGCUUGACGCAUCUGCUACUUCCUCUUGGGCAAACAUGAAUUGGGUGAUAUAGGACUGUUAUUUUCAUCCACUCUUUAAAAAUACUCCGAUAAAAGCACAAUCUGUCGACAUUGUAUUGCAUUUUCAGAUAUGGCUAUGUUUUAUAUCAAAGAUCAAGAAAACGUAAACUCAAAUCACAAAUGAAGACUCAUACGUUGACAAGAAAAUGUUCAAAACAAAACUAUAAAAUGUAUGUCUGUGAGCUUGCACAAGGAAACGUCCAAGUGUAGAGCCCUAUUUCAUAUAGAUAUGUGAAGUAGAUAGAUGUGUGGAAGUAAUUCCUGUGGUUUUACUGUGAGUCUUCAAAAACCGAGAAAAGAAAUAUAGGUACCUAGAUAUGCACCUUAUGGUCCCUGAGUUGUAUAGUAUUAGCGGUAAAGUACUGUAUAUGUAAUUAAUAUUUGUAUGAAAAGGGUCGCACAAAACAUCUCAAAAAUCCGGCCCAAAUUUGAAAAUCUUUAUUGGAUAAAUCGUACUGAGAUUAAUUAUAUGCAGAAGAUAGAAGUUACGUAUUUGCUCACGUGUAAGUAGGUAUUAUCUAAGUAUGUAUUUUAAUAUAGAGUUCUUUUAAGUAUAGUAUGUAGUUAAAAAAAAUAAAAUGAC